AUGUUGAAACAUCUAACGUUGUUAAUCUUUAUUAUUGCAAUCCUCUGUAGUUUAACCUAUGCUACAACACCCAAGAUACCCUUGCAAUGGAGAAGAGAUGAAUUAUUUGGAGCAUUUCAGGAUGAUGCAUAUUAUAUUGGAACAUUCUCAAAUCAAUCUUCUUUGGUAGAAAGAGACAUUGUCACUUGUCAACCUGGAUAUUAUCAAUGUCCAGGAAGUAGUUUAUGUUGUUCCCUACAAUGUGGUAUAAUUUGCGAUAAUAUUGGAUGUUGUCCAUCGGGUUAUGGUUGUUGUGGACAAUAUUGUUGUGAGACAGGUUAUAGUUGUUGUGGAAAAUAUUGUUGUAAGUCAGGUUACUAUUGUUGUAGUGAUAAAAUUGGAUGUUGUGCGCUAGGUUAUAAAUGCGCUAGUAGUGGUUUAUGCAGUAAACCAAUAAUAUCAACAACAAUAACACAAAUAACUCAAGAAGUUGUUGAGUACGUAGUUAGAUACAUUAGAGUAAAACAAUGGGCAACAAAAAAUGGAUACACAGAUAAAGAAGUUGAACAGUUAGAAAAAACUGCUGAAAAAUUAGUAAAGUGCAUAAACAAUAUUGGAAUAAGUUUCGCGAAAUCAAAUGCGACAAAUAAUUCUUCUUGCAUCUCAUGUGAACAUAUGAAGAGUUUAUCUAAUCUUGAUAUAGAUUUACCACCAACAAAUGACGAAAUUAUAGCAACAUUAAAAUUAUUAUAUUCAAUAGGAGAAGAUAUAAAAGAUGCUAGUAAAUGUAAAUUUAACUUAGCAUGUGUGAACGGAACUGAUUCUUGUCCACAAAAUUCAAAACUAAAGUCAUCAAACAAUUUACCAUCUUUGGGAUGUAUUUCAAACCCUGUUAACAGUUCCCUUAUGGCAAUAGGAUUAAUAUUGUAUAUAAUUAUGAGUCUAGGUAUUUUUUAUAUAUAG